AUAAAGUCAACAAAUUGCCAAGCCUCACUUCCUCAUCAAUUUCUUCCCUCCCUUAUGGCACAAUCUCACAAAGUUCAUCAAGUUUUUUCAAUAUCACCAAAAAAUGAAACCUCCCCAACUACUUUUCCCUUCACUUUCUUUGACACACUUUGGGUAAGAUUUCCACCGGUUGAACGUUUGUUCUUCUAUGAACACACCAAUUUAUCUACCAAUUUUUUCUUUGAUUCCAUUCUUCCAAAUCUCAAACAUUCCCUUGAGCUCACACUCAACCACUUCCUCCUUCUUGUUGGUAACAUCACAUGGCCACAAGAUUCACCACACCCUAUCAUCAACUAUGUCCCUAGUGAUUCCAUUCUAUUGAUUGUAGCUGAAUCAAAUGAAAAUUUCAACCUUUUAUGUUCAAAUCUUUGUGAAGUUGAAAAAAAACAACACUUGAUCCCAAGUUUGGAAAUUUCACAUGAAAAAGCAUCAAUUAUUUCACUACAAGUCACUUUUUUUCCUAACCAUGGAUUUUGUAUUGGUAUAACCACACACCAUGCAGCUGUUGAUGGAAAAUCUUCAACUUUGUUUAUGAAAGCUUGGUCUUAUUUUUGUUCCAACCUUGAAAAAAACACACCCUCUUUGUCAUUACCUCAAGAUCUAACACCUUUCUUUGAUAGGUCCAUUAUAAGAGACCCUAUAGGGAUAAAUGAGAUUUAUUCAAAAGGGUGGUUGAAUUUUGGUGGAGAAACAAAUAAUCGAAGCUUGAAGGUUUGGGAAACAAUUAAUACAAUAAAGGGUGAAGCAACCAAAGGUAUUUUUCAAUUGUCACCUUUGGAUAUUCAAAAGCUUAAGAAACAUGCACAAUCCAAGAUUGAAAAAAAUAACAAGGUUAUUAAGCUUUCAACUUUUUCAGUUACUUGUGCUUAUUUGUUGGCAUGUACGAUAAAAGUUGACCAACCAAAAUCCAACAAGGUACCUUUUAUUUUUAGUGUGGAUUGUAGGCCACGUUUGGAUCCACCAAUUAAUGCAAAUUAUUUUGGAAAUUGUGUUGUGUCAAAAUUAGUUUUGGGUGAAACCGAGGAAUUUUUAAAAGAUGAUGGAUUUAUUAGUGCUCUUGAAGGGAUAAGUGAUGUGUUGAAGGGUUUGGAAAAUGGUGUGUUGAAGGGUUUGGAGAAUUGGAUGUCAAUAAUGCAAUCUACAAUGAGUGAGACAGAUAGGAUGUUUUCUAUUGCCGGGUCACCUAGGUUUGAUGUUUAUAGUUUUGAUUUUGGAUGGGGUAAACCUAAGAAAGUUGAUGUUACUUCUAUUGAUAAAACAGGAGCUUUUUCUCUUUCGGAGAAUAGGAAUAAUGAUGGUGGAAUUGAGAUUGGUUUGGCUUUGAACAAACAACAAAUGGAGGUUUUUGCUCAACUUUUUGUUCAAGGACUUGAAUCAUUGUAAUUGUAUCAAGAAAAUGGAUUGUCUAUCAUAUAUUACUUUGCCUUUUAAAAAAACACAAUCGUACUGUUGUAGAUUUUAAUCUCUCGAUUUAGAUCAGACGAUUCACAUCUUGGAUUUAUAUUUUGAAUUGUUUUUAUAAGUUUGGAAAUUGAAAUUGUUGAGGACCUUUUGCUUUAAA